AUGCCCUUACCUUUCAGAAAGCGUCCUCAGUUGCCGAACAAUAAGCAGCUUGCUGUGGUUCGUUUGAGAUAUUUGAAAAGGAAAAUGGAGAGAAGUCCUAAGUACAGCGAGGACUAUGUGAGAUUUAUGAACAGUGUCUUUAGAGAUGGAGAUGCUGAAGAAACAACUACCACUGGAAAAGUAGACAGUACAUGGUACAUCCCACACCACGGGGUGUACCACCCAAGAAAGCCAGAAAAAAUAAGAGUGGUGUUUGACUGCUCAGCCAAAUUUGAAGGCACAUCUCUAAAUGACCACUUACUCACAGGGCCAGACUUAACAAAUGCUCUGACUGGAGUGCUGUGUAGAUUUCGUGAGCAUCAAAUUGCUAUUGUUUGCGAUGUGGAGAAGAUGUUCCAUCGCUUUCAUGUCAGUCCAGAUGAUUGUGAUUUCCUAAGAUUCCUAUGGUGGGAAGAAGGGAACACUGAAAAGGAACCCAAGGAAUAUCGCAUGCAAGUUCACAUUUUUGGAGCAGCAUCCUCUCCAGGGUGUGCGAACUAUGGCAUGAAAUAUCUAGCCAGCAAAUAUGAAAAGGACUACCCACUGGCAGCAAGCUUCAUUCGCAAAAACUUCUAUGUGGAUGAUAGUCUUGUCAGCGUUGAUUCCAAAGCGAAGGCCCACAAGUUGAUUAGCGAAGCAAAAGAUGUUUUGGCCAAAGGAAAACUGCGCUUACACAAGUUUGUGUCCAAUAGCAGAGAAGUUUUGAAUGCAAUACCAGAGAGUGAACGUGCCAGUGUAGUAAAGGAUGUUGAUCUGAACUACAAUGAGCUUCCAAUGCAGAGUGUAGUGGGAGUAAAGUGGAACAUAGAGACUGAUAAAUUCUCAUUUAAAGUCGACCUUACUGAAAAGGCUGCCACUCGAAGGGGAAUUCUAUCAGUGGUUGCAAGUGUGUACGACCCAUUAGGUUUUCUUGCUCCCUACGUCUUUGUUGGAAAAAGAGUGCUCCAAGAGAUGUGUAAACGAGGAGUAGGAUGGGAUGAACCUCUUCCCUCUGAUCUGAAGCCAAGGUGGGAUACAUGGCUCCAUGACUUGGAAAAUCUCCAAAGGAUUCAAAUACCAAGAUGCUUCAUUCCUGAAAAUAUGGGCAAAAUCCAGAAAAUUGAACUGCAUCAUUUUUCAGAUGCCAGCAGUGAAGGUUAUGGACAGUGUUCAUAUAUCAGGACUGUUGCUGAUGAGCAAGUGCAUUGUGCGCUGGUCAUGGGAAAGGCCAGAGUAGCCCCUACAAGGGUUUUCAGCAUACCACGCCUUGAGCUGACUGCAGCCACAGUUUCAGCAUCAGUAAGUCAUCUUCUUAGAGAAGAGCUAGAUCUGGAGAUAAAUGAGGAGUUUUUCUGGACGGAUUCCCAGAUAGUAUUAGGGUAUAUCAAGAACGAAGCCAGACGCUUUCAUGUUUUUGUGGCUAAUCGUGUCCAGAAAAUAAGAGACUCAACAGAUCCAAAGCAGUGGUUCUAUGUGGAAACAAAUCAAAAUCCAGCAGACUGUACAUCUAGGGGUUCCAAGGUGGCAGACCUAAUUGACUCAAGUUGGUUGAAAGGCCCAAAGUUUCUAUGGGAAAAAGAAAUUGUUACUCAUAAAACUUCCCCAAAGCUUCUUGUAGGUGACCCUGAGGUAAAGGUCCUGAAAACAGAUGCCUGUGUAAGAGACAACUUUCUUGAAAGACUUACAAGAUUCUCAGACUGGAAUACAGCACUCAAUGCUAUAGCUAGAAUCAAAAGACUUGUGAAAAGAGACAGAUCAGGGUUCAUUAGUGUAGAGGAGAGAGAGAAAGCAGCUCUUGUGCUUAUCAAGGCAGCACAAAAAGAAGCCUUUGAAGAAGAACUGAAAUGUCUCAGUCAAAACCCUGCUAAGCUACCAAAGUAUAUCCGGUUAUACCAACUUGAUCCUAUUCUCCAGAAUGAACUGCUCAGGGUUGGAGGACGGUUAAGAAAGUCUAACACAGCAUUGGAGUUGAAACAUCCAAUAAUUCUUCCUAAGGAAGGCAUUGUCACACAGCUGAUACUUGACCAUUGCCACAAGAAAAUUCAACACCAAGGUCGAGGUCAAACCUUAAAUGAGCUCAGAUCCAGUGGAUAUUGGAUAAUGGGUGCAAGCAAUGUAGUGGCCAAAUACAUCAAAAAUUGUGUUACAUGCAGAAAGCUGCGCAGACCAGUUGAAGAACAGCGCAUGGCUGACCUUCCGGCUGACAGAGUAGAACCAUCACCCCCAUUCUUGUAUUCUGGUAUCGACUGUUUUGGCCCCUUCUACACGAAACAAGGUCGUAAAGAAUUUAAAAGGUAUGGUCUGUUGUUUACGUGCUUGAGCUCCAGGGCUGUACAUUUAGAAAUGUUAGAAGAUCUCACUACUGAUGCAUUUCUGAAUGCUUUAAGAUGUUUCAUAGCAAUCAGAGGAGUCGUGCGACAGAUCAGAUCCGACCAAGGCACAAAUUUCGUGGGGGCAAGGAAUGAGCUGGAGAAAGGUUUGAAGGAUCUAGACCAAGAGAGGAUCUCUACCUAUCUUGCAAGCAAACAGUGUGAUUUCCUUAUGAAUGUUCCUGAAGCAAGCCACAUGGGAGGUGUGUGGGAACGCCAGAUAAGAACAGUAAGGAGUGUGAUGAAUGCUGUUCUGGCACAAGCUAAAGGAAGACUGGAUGACACCUCAUUAAGGACAUUCUUCUACGAGGCAAUGUUAAUCGUGAAUAAUCGUCCGCUUACCACUAACACAAUAAAUGACCCAAAGAGUCUUGAGCCUUUGACUCCUAAUCAUCUGCUUACGAUGAAGACAUCAGUGCCUCUGCCUCCUCCUGGCAAAUUUAUUCGUGAAGAUCUGUACGCUAGGAAAAGGUGGAGAAGAGUGCAAUACUUGUCAGAGCAGUUUUGGAGCAGAUGGCGUAAAGAAUACCUGGCCAACUUAAGCCUCAGACAACAAUGGCACAAACCUAGAAGAAAUGUUCAAAUUGGAGAUGUAGUGAUUGUCAAAGAGGCAAUGUUCACAGAAAUGAAUGGAGGUUAGCUAGAGUUGUGGAGACAAGUGCAGAUGAUGAUGGGCUUGUAAGAAAGGUUAAAUUCCAAAUGGGACAAAGUAAGUUAGGUAAAAAGGGUGAGAGAUUGACACAAAUAACUCUUUUGGAACGUCCAAUUCAAAAAAUAGUGGUAAUAGUUGAGAACAAUUCCUAAACUACGAGUAUACACACAGUUGUCUUAACAUACAGAGUAGUGUUGUUCAAAGAAAAUGAAAAUAACUCUUAUGUUGAAAGUGUUGAAAGAAGAAUGAAAGUUAACUGACAGCUUAUAGGAAAAUUACAGGCUUUAUUGGUUUCAGUUAAAAGGUACAAAUUUCUUAAAUCCUUGUAAUUUUGGUGGCAGUGUAGCUGACACAGAAAAAGUGUAUUUCUUGUUUAAAAUUUUUGUUACCUUUUAAAAGUAUUUAUUUGUUUGUUACAAAUGUUGUUUAAUAAUUGAAUGUUUAUUUGAGUAUUUGUAUUUUAUCUUCUUAACAAUUGCCAAUAGUGACACCUACUGGUGAAAAUAUGUAGCAUUGUACGUAUGUAGGUCACGUGUUUUUGAUAAGCUGCAUUGAACAUUGGGAAAGCACGAGGUGAUCACAUGAACGGAGAAGUGUAAGAUCGAAAGAAGUGUAAGAUUAAUAAGAUUGUUGUUAAGAAGAUCUCUAAUGUCUCCUGAAUCCUGAUUGGAAAGCACACGUUUUUCACGGUGCACAGUUGAUGUUUGUGAUGACAAGGGGACAGACAUUAAAACUGAAAAUCUGAAUCUGAAGGCAUCAGUUGAAGCGUGUUUAUUUUCUAGUCGAGGAGAAAAACUUCAGGAGCC